AUAGCUCCACUUCCGUUUCAUAAUUUGCGACCGACCUAACAUAUAUUCUAUCGAUCCUUUCACAUUGAAAAUCUUUAUAUUCUUCAUAGGCUUAACUUUACUCUCUACAAUUUUAAUCAUCAUCUCUCCAUACCUUAAAACUUCCAAAUCAGGUCUAAGCAUUCAAGUUUGAAGAAUUGUGCGUGGUCUUAUUUCCCUUUCGUUUCAGCCAAGUUUCAUGUCUGAGCUCGAUCUCCAAGUGCCUAAUGCUUUUGAUCCCUUUGCUGAGGCAAAUGCUGAGAACUCUGGUGCGGGGACAAAAGAUUAUGUGCACAUCCGUAUACAACAAAGGAAUGGUAGAAAAAGCCUGACAACUGUGCAAGGUUUGAAGAAAGAAUUUAGCUACAAUAAAAUACUGAAGGAUCUCAAGAAAGAGUUUUGCUGCAACGGCACUGUUGUCCAGGAUCCAGAAUUGGGACAGGUUAUUCAACUUCAGGGUGAUCAGCGAAAGAAUGUUUCAACAUUUCUUGUCCAGGCUGGAGUAGUGAAGAAAGAACACAUCAAAAUUCAUGGUUUCUGAUUGCCAAUAUCAAUCACUGCGCAGUUACAAUACUUCUUUCUGUUCCAAAUAAUGCUGUUAUGAACUUGAGUUGUUGUAAACUGUAAACUUGCUAAUGUUGUUCUUCUGCUUGUUUGAUAUAAGUAAUGUAUUUGUUCUUGCUUUUCUCCA